CGGCGCGACGCGGCACAGUAGUUCUCCGGCGCGCCUCUCCCUCGCUUUAGUCGUGCUGUGUUGUGAUCACGUGGCGAGCUCCGGGCGCGGCGCUUGUUUUGGUUUCUCUCUAGCUUGCCCCUGGCACCUUCGAGAGAGCUUUUCUGUGCCAGUUGCUGCAUCUGUCUACACUGUGACCUCCUCUUUUUAGGGCUUUCCCAGCCCGCAGUUCUGCAAGCCCUUCGGGGCCGACCCCUGCCAUGCCGCUAGUCCGCUAUAGGAAGGUGGUCAUCCUCGGGUACCGCUCUGUAGGGAAGACAUCUUUGGCACAUCAAUUUGUGGAGGGCGAGUUCUUGGAAGGCUAUGAUCCUACAGUGGAUAAUACUUACAGCAAGAUAGUGACUCUUGGCAAAGACGAGUUUCACCUCCACCUGGUGGACACAGCAGGGCAGGAUGAGUACAGCAUUCUGCCCUAUUCAUUCAUCAUUGGGGUCCAUGGUUAUGUGCUUGUGUAUUCUGUCACCUCUCUGCAUAGCUUCCACGUCAUUGAGAAUCUGUACCAAAAGCUACAUGAAGGCCAUGGGAAAACUCGGCUGCCGGUGGUGCUAGUGGGGAACAAGGCAGAUCUCUCUCCAGACAGGGAGGUCCAGGCAAUUGAAGGGAAGAAGUUGGCAGAGUCAUGGGGUGCGACAUUCAUGGAGUCAUCUGCUCGAGAGAAUCAGCUGACUCAAGGCAUCUUCACCAAAGUCAUCCAGGAGAUUGCCCGUGUGGAGAAUUCCUACGGGCAAGAGCGCCGCUGCAGUCUCAUGUGAACCCUCAAGCAUGGGGUAGCUGCCUGGAUUCUUCCCCUGGCACUUGCCAGGCCACAGUGGGGGCAGGUCCUCAGGACUUCACGGGUAUGGUUGCCAGCUGUGUCCCUGGCUCUCUGGGCACACAGUAAUGGUACCCUUACAUUUGCACACUUUCCCCAGGCUCCAGUGGCCUGGUUGUCAAUGUUUACAAAGGGGCAAGGAUGUCUAAUGGGCCCUGGCCUCUGUUUUUGCUAAAUGAAUUCUUAUAACCUGCAGGGUUGCGAUAUGAGUCCUGGGUAUUCAGGACCCAGUCUCCUAUGUAGGUUUUGGAUGUUGGCUGGGUGAAGGGAGUUAGGGACUCCAGAAGUGGAGCUAGCUCCCUGGGGUGACAAUGUAUAUAUGCAAAUAAACUGAGAAAUCUUUUUGUAGUUGA